CCUGCUUUAUCCCUGAUAUGCCUUACUGUAUUUUCUACUAGAGCUUCACGUACUGAUAAGAUUAAUACCUCUCAAACUUCUGUAUAGAAAGCAAGGGCUGUGCUGCCAAGUUGAACUUUAACUUCGUGAGUUCAGUUCUCUUUUGUAGUUAUUGGUCGUUUGGGUCAGUAAUUUACUCCUCUUUUCUUCUCAAGUUCCGGCUCAAAAAAAUGUGGGAAUACAAUGGGUUUGUUGUUGUUGUGUAAAAAAAAUAGCUCACCUUUUGAGAAAUUGCAGAUUAAAGAAAAUCAGGUUAACUUUCAAGAAAUAGCAAAUCUGGGAGCUGGUAAAAUGAUGAGGGUUUUCUGGAAAAUUUUUUUGGACAGAAUAAAAUGUCCAACAUUGAUAUAGACGGAAUUUUGAAGGAGCUCCCACAUGAUGGCCGUAUCCCUAAGACAAAGAUUGUAUGCACUUUAGGGCCUGCCUCCCGGUCAGUGCCAAUGCUAGAGAAGCUUCUUCGUGCCGGAAUGAAUGUUGCCAGGUUUAACUUCUCCCAUGGGACACAUGAGUACCAUCAGGAGACCUUGAACAAUCUAAAAACUGCUAUGCACAAUACCCAGAUCCUGUGUGCUGUCAUGCUUGAUACUAAGGGACCAGAAAUUCGUACUGGUUUCUUAAAGGAUGGAAAAGCUAUUCUGCUUAAGGAAGGCCAAGAGAUCACUGUGACCACUGACUAUACGAUAAAAGGAGAUGAAAAAUUGAUUGCGAUGAGCUACCAGAAGUUGGCAGUAGACUUGAAGCCUGGGAACACCAUCUUGUGUGCAGAUGGUACCAUAACCCUUACUUGUUUGUCGUGUGAUCAAGCUGCUGGAACAGUGAGAUGCCGCUGCGAUAAUACUGCCACGUUAGGUGAGAGAAAGAAUGUAAACCUUCCAGGUGUAGUUGUAGAUCUCCCAACUCUUACGGAGAAGGACAAGGAAGAUAUCCUGGAAUGGGGUGUUCGGAACGAUAUUGACAUGAUUGCUCUUUCAUUUGUGCGCAAGGGCUCUGACCUUGUCAAUGUUCGCAAGGUUCUUGGGCCACAUGCAAAGCGCAUACAAUUAAUGUCAAAGGUUGAGAAUCAAGAGGGAGUAAUCAACUUUGAUGAAAUCCUUCGUGAGACAGAUUCUUUUAUGGUCGCUCGAGGUGAUCUUGGAAUGGAAAUACCAGUGGAGAAGAUUUUCUUGGCCCAGAAAAUGAUGAUAUACAAAUGUAAUCUUGUUGGCAAGCCUGUGGUGACUGCCACUCAGAUGCUUGAGUCAAUGAUCAAGUCUCCACGGCCUACUCGUGCUGAGGCGACUGAUGUGGCUAAUGCCGUCCUGGAUGGUACUGAUUGUGUUAUGCUCAGUGGGGAGAGUGCAGCUGGGGCUUAUCCAGAGCUGGCAGUGAAAAUCAUGGCCCGAAUCUGUAUUGAGGCAGAGUCUUCACUUGACUAUGGGGCUAUCUUCAAGGAGAUGAUAAGGUCUACCCCAUUACCCAUGAGCCCACUUGAGAGUCUUGCAUCUUCAGCAGUCCGUGCUGCUAACAAGGCUAAAGCAAAACUCAUAGUUGUCUUGACACGUGGUGGGACCACUGCUAAGCUGGUUGCCAAGUAUAGGCCUGCUGUUCCCAUUCUGUCCGUUGUUGUGCCUGUUUUGACAACUGAUUCUUUUGAUUGGUCCAUCAGUGAUGAAACUCCAGCUAGGCAUAGUUUGAUAUAUAGGGGUUUGAUUCCAGUUCUCGCUGAAGGCUCUGCAAAGGCCACUGAUGCUGAAUCAACUGAGGUGAUCUUGGAAGCAUCCUUGAAAUCAGCCAUAGAGAAAAGGUUUUGCAAGCCUGGUGAUUCUGUUGUGGUUCUUCAUCGGAUUGGUGCUGCUUCAGUUAUCAAGAUUUGCAUAGUGAAGUAAUGUUAAAUUUCUAUUUUGGCAUCUUGCCUCAGUGGAUUUCCGUUCUUUUUUGGGUGGUCAGUAUGCUUAGUUCUAUCGAUUACGGUGUAAUGUCUUUUUAUAUUUCUAUUCUCUGUUAGCAACAACUUGGUAAUCCCAAGGACCAGCGUAUUUCCAUGUAUUUGAUUAUGCAUAUGUUCCUAGAGAUUUUCAAAA